UUUUCUUCGAGCGACAGCACAACACCGACAUCCCUCACGCGUCCUCUUCCAAGGCAUCAAAUGUGCAGAAUCCGACAAUCGACACUUGAGCCACGUGCUUGAAUCAUGCCCGGCCUCCUUAUCCAGAUCUCCUGGCUUCUUUUCCCCCCGAAUCGAGCACUGGAACCUGCAGAUCCCUCCAGAUUCCUUUUCGAGUCUAAGUGAUGACUAACGAGAGAUCAGAUUGCUUUGAAACCGCGACUGCCCACCAGCCACUUGUUGCAGUGGUACGGAGUACGGAGUACUCGUGUGGUAUAUGCACCGAGGCGGAUAUCAUGCCACACUACGGACUGUCCCUCGGCCCACCAGGCUAUCAGGUUCGGGGUAAAUUAGUGGUCGCCCGUGUUGGAAAAAUGACAUAGCCGUGCCCGAAGAGGCAAGAGGUCCUCCAACAACGAACCAAGACACCCACUUGUGGCAUAUGGCAUAUGAAGAGCAAUGUUCCCGUUACAAGGCUGAAAGAGAUGGUCUUCAAAGGAGACGAUCCCCGCAAGUAAGAGACGAUUGCCUCGGUCGGUUGUUGUAAGGGAAGAUGCAUUUGUCAGACUAGGUCUCUGUACUUAUACGCUCGAAGGGCGCUGUCAGCGUCGCUUUCCCCGCAUAUGCAGUAUUAGAUUGCGAUAGAGCCCUUUCUUGAUAUCUGAUUGCCUUCCACUUCUUGAGCAAACCAUAUUGAGAUCUGGUUACCUCAAGAGUGUUUGGAUCCAUCCUAGCGGACCAUGGCUUAUACUCACCAAGAUUCGCCCGCUGAUGCCGUUGAUCCCACGACACUGGCUCCACUUCCACUGCCUGCCGGAAUCAGAUCUCGCUAUGUCGAUACUUCUCCUCACAGCCUCGUCUUCCACAUUCUCGAAUCCCUCCCAACGAACCUACCACCUUCUGGUCCCAAGCCGAAGCUGAUCCUCUUGAUCCAUGGCUUUCCCGAGCUCGCCUACUCGUGGCGCAAAAUUCUCCCCUUGCUCUCCGCGCAAGGCUACCAUGCUGUCGCCUUCGACCAGCGGGGAUAUGGGCGGACUUUCUCUCGCAAGCCACUCGAUGCGUCUUCGUUCCGGCCCCUCAACCUAGUCAAAGACACGGUCACGCUGGUGAAUGCUCUUGGCUACACCUCCGUCUCUUGUGUUGUAGGGCACGACUUUGGAGCUGUUACCGCAAGCGUCUGCGCCCUCGCGCGACCGGACAUGUUCCAGUGCCUGGUGAUGAUGUCCCAUCCCACCAAGGGCCCUCCCCACUCUCCUCUUUCCACCUCUCCGUCCUACGGCGCCGCCUCCCAACCCCCUCCGCCUCCGGUCGACAUGGAAAAGGCGCUCUCCCAACUUCCCCGCCCCAGGAAACAUUACAAGUGGUACUACUGCACCCCACCCUCGAACAACGAAAUGACCAUCCCCACGGGCCCGCCCCUGCACACGUUUCUUCGAGGCUACUUCCACCUCAAGUCGGCAGACUGGGACGUUAACGAUCCGCACAAGCUGGACGGAUGGGUCGCGACGGAGCUGGAAAAGAUGCCGCGGUACUAUAUCAUGGACCUGGACGACAACAUGCGCCAGGCCGUCGCGCGAGACAUGGCCAAUGAAGACCCGCAAGUCGUCGCCGAGCGUGCUGCCCGCUGGCUCCCGGACGACGAACUAGCCGUCUACGUCCAAGAAUGGGGCCGCACUUCCUUCCAGGGCGGUCUGAACUGGUACCGUGUCCAGACGCAACCUGAAAUCGCUGCGGAUAUGCAGGCGUGGUCCGGCGCAAAGAUUUCCGUCCCGACCGUGUUCGUGAGCGGCAGGAAAGAUUGGGGCACCUUCCAGGAGCCCGGCGCCGUAGAAGCAAUGGAGACUGGUCAAAGCGUAAGUCGACCGAUGUACAGGGGAACUGUCCUUGUCGAUGGAGCUGGGCACUGGGUGAAUCAAGAGCAACCAGAAAGGUGUGUUCAGGAGAUUUUGCCUUUGAUCAUAGGAGGUGCAUGACCAGUGACAGUAGUACCAGUGAGAACCCUUGGGUGACGAUUACUGCAUGCAUGUUCAACCAUAGCACAUAUGAUCUGUGUUUCGUAGAGAGCUCGAGCUUGAAACUUG